UUUGACUCGUGUGACUUCGUCAUAGUUAAGUACUAUAUUCGGUUGAAGCGCGACCCAUAUACACAGACAGACUUCAAGUGUUGCUUGCUGUGGACAGUGGUGUAUAUAAUUUGUCAUGUAUUAAUUCAUUAUUGUAUAGUCUGUGAUAAAAUUGGUUUUGAAGUGAAAUAUUCAAUUUUUUUUUGUAAACAAUAUUGCCUGUUUUUAUUUUAAAAGGAAAAAUGGCCUGUCUCAAAUGGCUCCUAUUAGCAGCUGUACUCUCAUACUGUGACGGAUACAAGAUUCUGGUGAUGUUCCCGUUGGCUGGCAAGAGCCACGGCAUCCUCGGUGGGGGAGUGGUCACCCAUCUGCUGCAGGCUGGCCACGAGGUGACCUAUAUCACCCCGUUCCCAGAGAAGAAUCCUUCAAAGAAUCUUCACCAGAUAGACAUCAGUAACCCUGAAGAUGAAGCAAAGCACAGUUCAGUACUAAAUGUCACAGCGUUGUUGGAGGGAGAAUCUAGUCUCAGCAUGAGCUGGUUUAUAGACUUCAUCAAGUCGAUGAACAGAGAUGUCCUCUCACACCCCAACUUGGUGAAGCUGAUGGGAGACACCACGAAGAACUACGAUGUCGUCAUUGCCGAGUGGAUGUUCAGCGAUAUUUAUUCUGGCCUAGGCUACGUGUUCAACAGUCCCUUCAUCUGGGUGUCCACGAUCGAGCCGCAUUGGACGAUCCUAGGCCUGAUUGACGAGGCGACCAAUCCCGCGUAUGUCCCCGACAGCCUGUCCAACAACGCGCCCCCCUUCGACUUCGUGGGUAGGGUGAAGGAACUGUUCCUGCAAGUUACUGGGAUGGCUCUUAGAUUUUUUUACCUCGACGGCUACCAAAGCCAAGCGUUUGAAGAGCUGAUUGGUCCUCAUAUCAUCAAGAGAGGGAAGCCUUUGAUUCCCUUCGUGAAGGUUCAGUACAACGCCUCACUGAUCCUCGGGAACUCCCACGUGUCUCUAGGACAGGCGACCAGGCUACCCCAAGCUUAUAAACCCAUUGCUGGGUACCACAUUGAUACUACCGUCAAACCUUUGCCUGCUGAUUUAAAGAAACUUUUAGACAAUGCGAAGAAUGGUUUGAUAUACUUCAGCAUGGGGUCCAAUCUGAAAAGCAAAGAGCUGCCAGACUCAAUAAAGAAAGACUUGUUGGAAGUAUUCGGUGGUCUGAAGCAAACAGUUCUGUGGAAGUUCGAAGAAGCGCUGCCGAAUCUACCGUCGAAUGUACAUAUUGUACACUGGGCUCCACAGCAAAGCAUCUUAGCUCAUCCCAAUUGCAUUCUCUUCAUCACACACGGUGGUCUCUUGUCCACAACUGAAGCUGUCCACUUCGGCAAGCCCAUCAUUGGUAUCCCAGUGUUCGGAGAUCAAUUCAACAACAUCGACAGGGCUGUCAAAAAGGGAUUUGCUAAGAGAGUCAAUCUUGCUUAUGACAUGAAGAACCCGUUAAGAGCAGCUAUCGAUGAUCUUCUACAUGACAAAAGUUAUGCACAAAAAGCGAAAGACUUAUCAGUCGUGUACCACGACCGGCCAGUGGCCCCUGGCAAGGAGCUGGUGCACUGGACGGAGCACGUGGUGAAGACGCGCGGCGCGCCGCACCUGCGCUCGCCCGCACUGGACGUGCCGGUCUACCAGAAGCUGUAUCUAGAUCUGCUCGCCCUCGUCUUAUUAGUGUUGUAUAUUCUGAAGAAGAUUGUCGUGAAGUUAUGCUGCUCGAAGAAGACAGUGGAAAAGAAGAGGAAGAAGGAUUAGAGCUUAUGAGUAAUUGUGAUCAAAUAGUUGUAAAAAUAUUGGUGUUAUUUGUGUAUAUGAGAUUUAAUGUGAAUUUGAUUGUUGUAAUUUAUUUAAUGUAACGAAGUAAAUCAAAAAGUUAAUUGCUGCUCUUCAGUAGCAGUAAGAACAAAGUGCCAGUAUUUUUUUAUUUUGUAUUAUAUGUAUAAGACAAUAAAAAUAAAAUAAUAACAAAUAUAUAUGAACAAAUCACACA